AAGAUACAUUUUGAUUGGCCGAGAUACAUCGCUUUCAACGGCUCGACCAAUCAGAUUCCGCGUUACUUAAAAUACGGAAGUUGAUACCAGGAAGCGGUAUAAAACAGAUUGAUAUCCUAGCAGCGCUCACAAGAACUAGCUCUUCCAACCUGAAGUAGCUGUUCGAGUCUUGGCACUAUCCUGAGGUUGUCUUGAAACUUUCUCUUUCGUUUUUUGUUGCCGUUCGUCACUAAAAACCGUAACAAUGUCGACUGACUGGUCACAGGACCCGGACUUCAAGUACCUGGCGGUAGAUCGUAUGAAGUUGAUGAAAGAACAAUCCGGGGCUUUUGAUGGCAAGAAAGCGUGUUGGGUCCCUGACGAGAAGGAAGGCUUCGUCAGAGCAGAUAUUGUCUCAUCUAAAGGUGAUGAAAUCACAGUCAAGGUUUUGAGCAACAGUCAGAAUAGAACAGUGAAGAAGGAUGACCUCCAGCAGGUCAACCCACCUAAGUUCGAGAUGACAGAUGACAUGGCCAACAUGACCUACUUGAACGAAGCCUCUGUGUUGAACAACUUGAGACAGAGAUAUUUCAAUGGAUUUAUCUAUACCUACUCUGGUCUCUUCUGCGUCGCUGUGAACCCCUACCGUCGUCUGCCAAUCUACCUGGACUCCAUCAUCUCCAAGUACCGUGGCAAGAGGAAGUUAGAAAUGCCACCCCACUUGUUCUCCGUAUCUGAUAACGCUUUCCAGUUCAUGUUGCAGGAUCGUGAAAACCAGUCCAUGUUGAUCACUGGUGAGUCUGGUGCCGGUAAGACUGAGAACACAAAGAAAGUAAUCAUGUACUUCGCCAAGGUCGCCGCUCAACUCCAGAAACAGACAGAGGAAGAGAAGGCAGCCGCCGCGGCCUCCAAGAAGGGUACCCUUGAGGAUCAGAUUGUGCAGGCUAACCCUGUACUUGAGGCUUACGGUAACGCCAAGACAACCCGUAACAACAACUCCUCUAGAUUCGGUAAAUUUAUCCGUAUCCACUUUGGUCCUACUGGCAAGAUCGCUGGAGCCGAUAUCGAGACUUACCUGUUGGAGAAGUCUCGUGUAACAUACCAGCAAUCGGCUGAGAGAAAUUACCACAUCUUCUACCAGAUGUUGACAAAUGCAAUUCCAAAAUACCAUGAAAUGUGUCUGGUACAGCCCGACCCAGGACUCUAUUCUUUUAUCAACCAGGGUGUGCUCACUGUCGAUGGUAUUGAUGACGUAGAGGAAAUGAAUCUUACUGAUGAUUCUUACGACGUGUUGGGCUUCACCCAGGACGAGAAGAACAGUUUGUACAAAAUCACUGCCGCUGUCUUACACGCUGGUGAGAUGAAAUGGAAACAACAUCCAAGAGAAGAACAGGCUGAAGCCGAUGGCACAGCUGAGGCUGAAAAGGUCGCGUUCCUUCUUGGUGUUAACAGCGGUGAUUUGCUCAAGGGCUUCUUGAAACCCAAGAUCAAGGUCGGCACUGAAUUCGUCACUCAAGGCAGAAACAAAGAUCAAGUUGUAUAUUCCGUUAGCGCCAUGUCUAAGUCAAUGUACGCUCGUAUGUUUGACUGGCUGGUCAAGAGAGUCAAUUUGACCCUUGAUACAAAAGCAAAGAGGAAUUACUACAUUGGUGUGUUGGAUAUUGCCGGUUUCGAAAUUUUUGACUUCAACAGCUUUGAGCAAUUGUGCAUCAACUACACCAAUGAGAGACUCCAGCAGUUCUUCAACCAUCACAUGUUCGUACUGGAACAGGAAGAAUACAAGAAAGAAGGCAUUGCCUGGGAGUUCAUUGACUUUGGUAUGGACUUGCAGGCCUGCAUUGACCUUAUUGAAAAGCCUAUGGGUAUCUUAUCCAUCCUUGAAGAAGAAUGCAUGUUCCCUAAAGCCAGUGAUAAAACAUUUGAGGAGAAACUGAUGAUUAACCAUCUUGGUAAGACGAAGAACUUCCAGAAACCUGUUAAGAGUCGUAAGGGAGGUGGAAGUGCUCACUUUGAGUUGGGUCAUUACGCUGGAGCAGUACCAUACAAUAUUACCAACUGGCUUGAGAAGAACAAAGAUCCAAUUAACGAAACUGUCGUUGGAAUCCUCGGCGAGUCAAAGGAACCUCUUGUUGCUGCUCUCUUUGCUCACCCAGCUGCUGCCGAAGGUGGCGGUGGCAAGAAGAAGGGAAAGUCCUCUGCUUUCCAGACCAUCUCAGCCGUGCACAGAGAAUCUCUGAACAAGCUGAUGAAGAACUUGUACACCACUCACCCCCACUUUGUACGUUGCAUCAUUCCCAACGAGACCAAGUCUCCAGGUGUCAUUGAUGCCGCUCUUGUACUCAAUCAGCUUCAGUGUAACGGUGUACUUGAAGGUAUCCGUAUUUGUAGAAAGGGAUUCCCCAGCAGAGUACUCUACGGAGAAUUCAAACAGAGAUAUUCAAUCCUUGCUCCAAAUGCCAUCCCACAAGGAUUUUGUGAAGGCAAACAAGUCACCGAGAAGAUUCUCGAAGCUCUACAAAUGGAUCCUGCAGAGUACAAAAUUGGUAACACCAAAGUUUUCUUUAAAGCUGGUGUUUUGGGUAUGCUUGAAGACAUGCGUGACGAACGCCUCUCCAAGAUUGUGUCUCUCUUCCAGGCUUGGAUCAGAGGUUAUAGUAUGCGCAAACAGUACAAGAAACUUCAAGAUCAAAGAACUGGAUUGUCCAGAAUUCAAAGAAACAUCCGUAAAUGGAUGGUGUUGAGGAACUGGCAAUGGUGGAAACUUUACACCAAAGUGAAGCCACUUCUCAGUGCUGCCCGUGCUGAAGAUGAGAUGAAACAGAUGGAGGAAGAGUUUAAGAAAUGCAAAGAAGAACUUGCUAAAAUUGAAAAAAUAAAGAAAGAAUUGGAAGAACAAAAUGUCGAUUUACGAAGGCAAAAGGAUGAUAUGUUCUUCCAACUUCAAGCAGAGCAGGACACGAUGGGUGAAUAUGAAGAAAAGAUGGAGACCCUCAUCAAGGCGAAGGCAGAUUAUGAAGCUCAAAUCAAGGACCUCGAAGAGAGAUGCAUGGACGAAGAAGAUGCCGCUGCUGAACUUCAAGCUGUCAAACAAAGGAUGGAGGAAGAGGCUUCUAAACUGAAAGCAUCUAUUGAAGAUCUUGAAAGCACUCUUGCAAAGGCUGAACAGGACAAAGCAACUAAAGAUAAUCAAAUAAGAACACUACAAGACGAAAUGGCUUCUCAAGAUGACAAUAUUGGCAGAUUGAACAAGGAUAAGAAGAAUUUGGAAGAAACUGUUAAGAAAACACAAGAAGCUCUUGCCGCUGAAGAGGAUAAGGUCAACCAUCUCAACAAAGUUAAGCAAAAACUUGAGGCUACUCUUGAUGAGAUGGAAGACAAUCUUGAACGUGAAAAGAAGGUACGUGCCGAUGUUGAAAAAGCCAAGAGGAAGGUUGAAUUGGAUCUUAAAUCAACCCAAGAAGCUGUUGAAGAUCUUGAACGUGUAAGAAAUGAUCUUGAAGGAAAUGUUAAGAGGAAAGAUAUGGAAAUAAAAUCUCUAAACUCCAAACUUGAGGAUGAACAGAGUCUCGUAGCUCAACUUCAACGAAAGAUAAAGGAACUUUUGGCUCGCAUUGAAGAACUUGAAGAAGAAUUGGAAGCUGAGAGAGCUGCUAGAGCAAAGAUUGAGAAACAGAGAGCUGAACUUGCCCGUGAACUUGAAGACUUAGGCGAACGUCUUGAUGACGCUGGUGGUGCUACCGCUGCUCAGGUUGAAUUGAACAAGAAACGCGAACAGGAACUGCUUAAGCUCCGACGUGACCUUGAAGAACAAGCACUUCAGUCCGAAUCUCAGAUUGCAUCCCUCCGCAAAAAGGCCAAUGAUGCAGCCAACGAGAUGGCAGACCAGGUCGAUCAACUAACUAAGACGAAGCAAAGAGUUGAAAAGGAGAAGAUGCAGCUGAAGAGUGAAAUUGAUGAUCUCCAUGCUCAAAUAGAACACGUCUCUAAAAACAGAGGAAUGUCUGACAAGAUGUCCAAACAAGUGGAGGCCCAGAUUUCAGAACUCAACGCUCAACUUGAAGAGAGUCAGCGCACAAUCAGUGAACUCAACUCAUCCAAGGCUAGAAUGCAGAAUGAAAAUGCUGACCUUUCCCGCCAACUUGAGGAUGCUGAAAGCCGACUGAAUCAGCUUGGAAGAGAAAAGGCUAACUUGGUAUCUCAACUCGAAGAAGCUAAGAGAGGUCUCGAAGAGGAGAGCAGACAACGUCAGAAACUUGCCACUGAAGUUAGAAACCUUCAGUCUGACAUCGAUUCACUGAGAGAACAACUGGAGGAAGAGUCUGAAGCCAAGAAUGAUAUGCAAAGGCAACUGUCCAGAGCAAAUGCUGAAGCUCAGUCAUGGCGUGUAAAAUAUGAAAGCGAGGGAAUGGCCCGUGCUGAUGAGCUUGAAGAAGCUAAACGUAAACUUCAAGCCAAGCUUCAAGAGUGUGAAGCUGCUUUGGAUACUGCAAACACGAAGAUCAAUAACCUGGAGAAGACAAAAACUAGACUCCAAGGUGAACUUGAGGAUGCUGUUGUUAAUGUAGAUAGAGCAAACUCAACAAUCAAUCAGUUGGAGAAGAGAAACAGGUCAUUCGAUAAAAUUAUCGCAGAAUGGGAAGCUAAGGUCCGAGCUUUGACAAAUGACUUUGAAAAUGUACAAAAGGAAGCACGUAAUUAUUCAGCUGAGGUAUUCCGCCUAAAGAUACAAUUGGAGGAUAGCAGUGAUGUUAACGAGACACUGAAGAGGGAAAAUAAGAACUUAACCGAUGAGAUCAACGAAUUAAAUGACCAACUCGGCGAAGGUGGACGAAUGGUACAUGAACAUGAUAAGGCCCGUCGUCGACUCGAAAUGGAAAAAGAAGAGCUCCAAGCUGCUCUUGAGGAAGCUGAGUCAGCUCUUGAACAAGAAGAGUCCAAAGUUUCACGUGCUCAACUUGAGAUCAACACAAUUAGGUCCGAAAUUGACAAACGCAUUGCCGAAAAGGAAGAAGAAUUCGAAAACACAAGACGUAAUCACCAGAGAGCUCUUGAUUCUGUCAAUGCAACUUUGGAAGCUGAGGUAAAGAGUAAACAAGAGGCUCAAAAAAUACGCAAGAAGCUUGAGCAAGACAUUAAUGAACUCGAAGCGUCUUUGGAUGUCAGCAACCGCACCAGGGCAGAUGCUGAGAAGAAUGUGAAGAGAAUGCAAGAAAUACUUAGGGAAAUGCAGUCCGCUAUUGAGGAAGAACAACGCAAGGCAAAUGAUGCCCGUGAUGCAUAUGAAAUGGCUGAAAGACGUACUAGUGCCGUUCAAGCUGAAUGUGAAGAAAUCCGAUCUGCUCUUGAGUCAUCAGAUAGAGCACGUAAAGCAACUGAAAAUGAACUUGUUGAAACCGCUGAUCGUGUCAAUGAGCUUGCUGCUAGCCUCCAAAGCGUAAGUGGUCAGAAGAGAAAGCUUGAAGGCGACAUUGCCGCUAUGCAAGCAGAUUUAGACGAAAUGAGCAAUGAAGUAAAAUCAGCCGAAGAGAAAUCGAAGAAAGCUGCUCUUGACGUUCAGCGUAUGACCGAUGAAGUGCGUUCUGAAAAGGAACACUCUUCUUCUAUUGAGAAAAUGCGCCAUGCCCUCGAAUCCCAAGUGAAAGAACUCAAUCUCCGUCUUGAUGAGGCUGAGGCAUCUGCAUUGAAGGGUGGCAAGAAAUUGAUUGCUAAACUCGAAUCAAGGGUUCAACAGUUGGAGGCUGAAUAUGAAGCUGAGCAAAGGCGUCAUGCAGAAACUCAAAAGAAUGCCCGUAAAGCUGAUCGCCGUCUGAAGGAACUUGCCUUCCAAGUUGAUGAAGAUAGAAAGAAUUCUGAAAGAUUGCAGGAACUCAUCGACAAACUUCAAGGCAAAAUCAAGACAUACAAGCGCCAGGCCGAAGACGCUGAAGAAGUAGCUGCUGUUAAUCUCGCAAAAUACCGCAAGGUUCACGAGGAGCUUGAGGAUGCAGAGUCACGUGCCGAUACCGCUGAGAAUAUGUUGGCUAAGGUUCGCGUACAAAACCGUAGCAUGUCUACCAUGCGCAGCGGCAGCACAAUUAUGCGUUCCUCCGUUACGGCGUCUAGCACCACGGAAUCUUAAGCUACUUAUGUAACUUAUUAGGAUUUGUGACUUUAGUUUAUCCCAAUCGACUUUCCUUGACCUCAUGUCUACAUUUAUUCGCUCGUCGUCUGGUGAGGGUGAUGACAAUAAAACCUGGAGUCCACGAUUUAGCCAGUUCCUUCCGUUUCCGGUUGCCUUCAUUUUAAAAAAAACUUCCCAUAUACUCGGAUAACCAUUAAUUCUAAUCGAUCCUUUGACUUACACACUUAAGUGCAAGCUUUAAGUUUUGAGAAUUUGAAGUAUGGAUGUCUAUUAAUACACAACGAGACACUACAGACUUUAUGCCAAGACUUAUUCAAGACAACCUUAUAGACGUCGCUACUCUUUUUUUUCUUAAUUCAAAGCAACGCAUAUGGAAAACAUUAUAAAAUGUAAAUAUGAUAAUUUAUAAUAAACAGGCAUUUAAACGUGAUGUGGAAUAAGUGUGUGGAAUAUAAAAACAUAUAUCUCAAGACACUUUAGACAACUUAACUCCAGCUGAUCUCAAAAGCUGUUUGUAGUUAUGAGGUCAUUUAUGAUCUCUCACUGGACUUUAUAGUUGUAUGUUUGUUAUUAGCAAUACCGUAUGAUAAUGAUAAAUUUGUCGUGCAUUUGCUAAACUGUUUGUUGUGGAAGACAUGACAUCCAGUAGAAAAUAAAUUAUUCAUAACUUUUA